AUGUCUUCCGAAACACUUGAGUUUGAUGCAAAUCAGAUACAUUCAAAUAUACAGCUUCUAAUCCAUGGUCUCGUUAAUAUUAAAGAUGAGACUGGAGAGUUUCUUAUGACUCUUGCAGAUGGCCGAGUUAUAGACACGAAAGGAUGGAACGACUGGGAAUGGACGCACGGCAUUGGCCUGUACGGAAUAUGGCAAUACUACCAAAUUACAGGUCACGCGAAGUAUCUGCAGAUAAUCGAGGAUUGGUUCCAGAAUCGAUUUGCUUCAGGCGGCACGACGAAGAAUAUCAACACUAUGGCAGCCUUCCUCACUUUAGCUUACGUUUAUGAGAAGACAGGGAAUACCACUUAUUUUCCCUGGUUGGAUAGCUGGGGGGAAUGGGCCUAUCGUGACUUAAAACGAACCAAAUUUGGAGGCAUGCAGCACAUUACAUAUUUGGAAGAAAAUGACCAACAGUUAUGGGAUGACACCCUUAUGAUGACUGUAUUGCCGUUGGCCAAGAUUGGAGUGGUUUUGGGUCGGGACCACUACGUGAAAGAAGCAAAGUAUCAGUUUUUACUCCACCUUCAGUAUCUGUUUGAUACCAAGACGGGCCUCUUUUUCCAUGGAUGGACUUUCAAUGACGGCGGCCAUAAUUUUGCGUCAGCAAGGUGGGCGCGCGGGAAUAGCUGGCUCACUAUUGCCAUACCGGAGUUCCUCGAAUUAUUAGAUUUAGCUUCUGAUGAUCCAUUUCAUAUGUACUUAAAAUCUACGUUAAUUGCGCAAUGCGAGGCUUUGAAGACUUUCCAAGCACCAUCUGGGCUUUGGCGUACAUUAUUGGAUCAUUCGGAAGAAGAAGGGUCGUAUGUAGAAUCCAGUGCAACAGCUGGGUUCGCAUUCGGCCUGCUAAAGGGGUAUAGGAAGCGUUAUAUUCAGCCAGGAUAUCGUGAAAUUGCAUUCAAAGCUAUACAAGGUCUUUUGGGGAAUAUUGACUCAGAUGGGCAAUUACUAAAUACGUCUUUUGGAACGGGUAUGGGACCUGACUUGGAAUUUUACAAAAGGAUUCCUAUUACUCCCAUGCCCUAUGGCCAGGCAAUGGCAAUUCUGGCACUGGUUGAAGUUUUAAAAGUUUUUAUAUAG